AACCGUGCUUCAGUCGGCCGGCGAACUCGCGUGCCGAGCCUUCGCGCUGACGUUCCUCCCUCUUUUUCUCUCUCCCUCUGUCUCUCUUUUUCUCGUUCGUCCGCCCUUCGGUGCAUCCGGCGCGUACUCGCGACAUACCGGCGCGUCGACCGAACGUCGAGGACGUUCCACCCCCGGUUCCGUCGUUCUGUGCCGUCUCACGUCGCGGUCGUCCGGACGUUCGCGAGCCGGGAGUUCGUUUCCCUCGAGAGAUGAAGAAGCCUCUGAGUGCUCCGUCCUGAGGUGGAUCGUAGAUCCUGACGGGUGAGCGAGCACCGUUCGCGAGCAUAAGGAUGUUUCUCCGUCUGCGAAACGGGCGAUUAUCGCGGACGGAUGAUGACCUGACUCCGGAACUUGUCGGGUAAAUAGUGCAUGAAGUGGGAUUCGAGGAAGUGAAUGUGUAGUGCGCGCGCGAUGUUCCGCUCGUCGAGCGGUGCUCGAAAAUAUCUCCGAGGACCCGGCCGGUGAACGUAGUCGAUCGAACGUCUGUGCCGAACGUGAAUGUUUUCGCGAGGCUCUCUUAAAUUACUUACGCCGAUGUAAGAAGUACCGGAAUUCGUGCAUUAGGCACCGCCGAGACUUGCCAGGUAUCGAAAUAAUACAAUUCUUCUCAAUAUCUCGAGCGACAUUUGAUUCUUCGCCAAUAACAUAUCGAUGAUUUGAAGAAGUACUAUGAAAGAUUAGGACAAAGCAAUUUAUCUGGGUUUAUCAGGAAGCAGACAAUUGGCAAGCUUUCACGGAGAACAUAUCGUUGACCCAAGAGGAAUAGAAAAACUGCUCAUCGCGAUCCACUAACAAUAAGCUCCGUCACGUACGAGAUUAAGCAAGCUCCCGGUCAGCAAGUCUAGGACGCAGUACGUGACGAGUCAUCCGUGAAAACAUAUCAGUGAAAUAUCAGUGAAGCGGCGUAUAUGACGAUCCACCAAGAUUCGUCACGUAUCGUAUUGGUAAAAUUCUUCCGCGACGAUAUCAUUCGGGAAACGUAUCGUUGAUUCAAGAAAUUCCGGCGAGACAUCACCGAGGAGUUAGGAAGUGGAGCGGAUCAGUGACGUCCUACGCCGACGACGCGAGACGGGGGUGAUCGUUCGGCAAACGUAUUCGCAACAUAUCCACGAGUCGCUGCUCUCUCUCUUUACAAGCGAGCAACAUAUCAUCUCCGUUGUGUGAGAAAUAUAAUAUAGUGCCGCGCGAGUCUCGCGAGCUUUACGAGCGCGUGGGAUCGAUAGUCGCCCGCGAUAGCCAUCGUUUUCCGACGGCCUGCAUUGUUUCGCUGGCCGGGGAAAAAAAAUAUGCCGUCUCCCGGUACGCGAGUACACGGCACCGUCACGCGGCCUAGCAAGUAGUACAAGCGGACAUUAGUUCGCCCGAUCCGACUGCGACGCGAUGCGACUCGACGAGUAUCACAGACAAGAUCGGCAGUUUUGCUAAUAGUAUACGAUUUCGGUUCUUGUCGCACAUAGGCAAGAGGGCCCGCUAUCGAUUGGAAUUCAAUUUUCGCUCUGUAUAGUGCGGGCGAAACGUACGACUGAACGAGACCGUGAGGAUCGAAGCUCGUUAAUUAAAGGCCGACAGGAGUCGAGACGAGGAGCGCGAGCCACCAGGUGUAGUAAUAUUCAGCCACUAACCCGGCGAAGAAUCCGCUACUAAUACAAAAAUGCACUCCUAAUUAACCAGCGCGGCAGACUCCGAUUACCGCUAUUAUCGUCGGCGCUAUAUCGUCCACGGGUUGUAGCGCGGUCCCGCGGAACGAUCAUGCGAAUCCUCGAAAAUGCGCAGGACCAGCAGCAAUGGCCUCAAGCUCGACCUGACGGAGAACACGCCAGGUAGCUCGUUGUCGCGGCUGCCGAAUCUGGUCGAGCAUGCGGAAACCUGCCAGGCGCUAGCCGCCGGAACCGGUGAGAAUUUGAGCAGCAAAUUGCCUAACGUGGUCGAGGGCUCGAUGGACUAUGGUAGUGAGCGAAGGUCCUCCCGUUAUCUGGAGUACCAAGAGAUUAAGUCCUAUCAGGACCCUCAGUCGUCCGCCUCAGCGGCGCCGGCCUACGAGGGGGCCUAUCACGAUCAGUCGAGGGGAUACCGGAACUACGAUCGUAAGGGGGGCGUCGGCUUCGAUCGGGAGAACCUCGAGAGGUAUGACAACAGGAUCUACCCGGAGGACGGGCUAAGAUACGGCGCCGAUCGCCGCGUGGAUCAGCGCACCUAUCAGGAAUCGGACCUGGAUGCGCCUUACGAUCGAAACCUGGACGCACAAAAGCUCAGCAGAGCUUAUCCGGAGCUCCAGGACCCCGGCAGGCGGUACUCGCGCGACCUGACUGAUUACGAGUACGCGUCACGCUACGCCGAGGAGACGUUGAAGCUGGAGCCCAAGAAAGACCACCAUCACCAUCAUCAUCCGGGCAAGAUCUACGAGUCAGCCGCCUCCAAGGGCUACGAGUCAGGCGUGAAAACUCACGAUUCCGCUUACGACCUGGGCACCUGCGCCGGACAGCAGGAGCCACCACCAGCCAGACAAUAUGAGAGCAAAUAUCACUCGGUCAGCAAGAUGUAUGGCACUCUGCCCAGGUACGAGAGCAGCAAGUCUUACGAGCCAACCUAUGAGUCCAGGCCCACCUUCGAGCCUAAGUAUACCGAGCAGCCGUACGAAUGCGGUGGUAAGAGCUACGAGUCCAAGUAUGAGCUGACGAGCUCGAAGAGCUACGAGAGGGCCAAGUAUGAGGGCACCCCGUCGUCCAGAUACCAGGAUAAGUCGUACGAUCAAACCUUGAAAAUUGGCGAGCUGGGCUCGUCCUCCUCCGGCGCGUAUGUCAGGAAGCAUCCAGAUCAGGAGGAGACUGGCGCGGAGAAGAUGAACGGAUAUAGAAAGAAUAAUUUUGAGGCUUACGGGGUUUAUUCGGAUCCCGAGGAUGAUCAUGGCUUCCUGGCGGAUAAGAAAGCGCCCCAAUAUACGUACAAGGGUGUCGUGGUGAAUGUUAGCGGGGAGUCCGCGGUGGUCGAUCAGAAGCGCGCCAAAGACAGCAGGCAAACCGAGGUAAUCAGAAGCCCUUGGUGCAGGCCAACGAUACUGCUGCUCCUGUUGGUGCUCCUGGUCGUCAUCUUCGUCUUCGUCGCUGGAAUACUGUUGUAUUUUAACUACAUGUCCUACAAGCCGCGCCAUCCCAUUAUCGAGGGUAAGGAUCUAAAUUUCGCCAGUAAUAACGCGGGUGAGUGUUACCUCUAA